UUGUGAUCCUGAAUUAAACUAAGCUAACGUAUUUCAGUUUCACAUCGUAACGCUUCUUCUGUUUAUCCGCAAGUCUCCGGCCGUAUCGAAGGCUCUCUCGAAGGCAGGUGCCAUAAUAAAAGAAAAAGACGUUAAAUACUACGAAAUAGUGCGUCGCAUUGGAGCCUCCUAUUUUCCCCGAGGAGGCACUCUUUCUGCUCCGUUUUCAAGUCAUGGUAUUGCGAUUUUGUUUGUGGAUUGGAUAUCCAUUCUGAAAAAAAAAUAAGACAAGAAGAAGAAGAAGCUCGUCUCGUUUCCUCAUCGAUCGCCGAUCACGUAAUUCCGGUGACGCGGAUCAGUUGAUAAUCUUUCGCGAGCGCGCGGUGGUGUAAUUUUACCGAUGCCCGAGUAUUGCGAUAGCGAUAGACUUAAAGAAAAAAGAGAAACCUGCCUAAGAGAAACGAGAAGACAGAAAUAAACCGCGUCAUUGAGCGGCAACGUGUCGGAUUAAUUUCCAAGAGCGCGGUGCACAGAGAGGAGCGGAAGGUGCGGAGCACGACGGGAUUUAUCGAGACUCGGGUCUGCCGUCGUACGUACCUGAAAGGACUGUCUGUCGCGUGUGUGUGAUCCCUCUAAAUUUCUCUCCCCCCAAAUCUUUCCCCGCCUAUGUUUCACGCGCCGCGCGAAGUAGAACGAGAUCCGACGCUUCACCCUCGGGCUCUCCGCAGUGCCGUUCCGUCUUUGCGUCUAUCCUCUAGAAUCCGCACUCGAAAACCCGAACGAGAAAGCACUCCGGGCACAUCGACGAGACGACAAAGCGAGAAAGGAAGGGAGACAAAGGGAGAAGAGAGAAGAGCAGCGAUCUCGAGUCUGUCACCCGUGUAUCUCAUGAUGAGUCGAGGAGCGGUACAUGUCAAGCGGCGAACGUGACCGCCGCAAAUUACCUCCCUCCCCCGUCGACGCCCCGCGUGUCCCAGGGUCGCCGGCGAGACGACCCUCGUUAAUACCGCAGUCGAUCGUGAGAGGAGAAUGUCGCGCUAGGAGAAGAGGACCCCGAUUUACUUGCUGAAUCGAUCUACUUUCGACGAUCCUCCCCUCGAUGGACGUUACAUCGUCGACUGGAGGGCGACCUCGCGGGACGGUAGUAGCCGCCGACGAGUACAGCGGAUAAUAAGGCGGGAUCGUCGCGAAACGGAAUCGUCGGAGGUGCGACGAGGAAAAACGGCUGCUGCAGAAGGAAAGACGAUUUUGAAGAGAAACAAACGAGCGGGGGCGUAGUCGUGGCCCACGCGCGUACAACGUGAGAGCGUCAAGAUGACCAUGGCAAGCAACAUCGUGGUCGAGUGGCUGCGGUCGCUCCACCUCGGCCAGUACUCGGAGUCGUUUAUCGAUAACGGCUACGACGACCUUGAGAUCUGCAAGCAGAUCGGCGAUCCGGAUCUCGAUGCGAUCGGCGUCUUCAAUCAGAAGCAUCGCGCGCGUCUGCUGCAAUCGGUGAAGACUCUACGCGAGGAAGGCGCCGCGAGUGUAUACUUCACGCUGGAGGAGACGAACGACAACAGCUGCGAUAAUAUCAGCUCCAAGUCGUCGAGAACGUCGUCCGACAGACCACCCAGCGAUAAGGAGGCGCAGCGUGCGUCGCCCACGGCCAGCUCCUCCAGCGGCGGUCAGGAGCUGACGAAGUUCGCGGACGAGUACGAGGAGGGCAAGGCCGAGCUGGUGAGAAUUCCCAGGAUGCAACUGAGGAUGCUGCUGCAGGAGAAGCUGAGACACGACGGCAUCAGGCUGGCCUGUCAACCGUACACCACACCGGAGGGCGAGAGAGGGUAUUUGGAAGGGCUCGCCUCGAGAUAUGCAGAUCUCUUCAGGACACAUUACGGGGAUGUUCUUGAGCCGCUCGAGGAGCUACGCCGGCGAGAAACAAACGCUUCCGCACGAAUGCCCAACACUCAGCUCACCACCAGUCAUUCACAGCCCAUUUACGUGCCCGGAAAAUACUCGCCCUCGAGCUGCCUCAGCGACAAGGAGGAGGACGAAAUCUAUGGCUUCGGAUACGGGGUCUUCAGCCGGCAGAUGCUCCAACAUCGACAGCAGAAGCUCGCACUUGCCACACAAAACACAACUACCGCCAUGACACCAGGUGGACCUCAGGCAACCUAUCAAAGUUGUCUGAGCCCGAGAUCUGCGUUCUUCUACGAGUUCCCUCCUAACGAGCAAGGACAAAACACAAGCAAGAAGAAGACAACGUUUUCGAGGUUACUAAGAGGGCUGAAGACGCACAGAAAAGAGAAACAAGGCCAAGUACAAGGCUCUCCCAGACACGGUCGCGCAAGAAUGGGCGUUCCUCAAAGAGUAGACACGCCUGAUAGUGUUUUGCAAAGCGGUUUGGGUCUCGGACCUGACAUGGGACACACAAUUCUUCGUUCGAUGGUGGAUCCUCGAGAUUACGAUCGACUGAGAUACCUACAGAUGAACGGCGGCCAACCAAAUAGUUUCGAAGAAACCAUUCACAGGUUGAAAGUUCAAGAAGCGCUGCGAAAGAAAGAGCGGAAGAGGUGAGUGUACGUCUUAUAUAAGUCAAUACUGAGGGAUAUCCGGCAGGGUUUAAUGCAGCUAGGACGAGACGGACGGGGUCAGCUCCCUGGGGAUGAUACGUACAUGUACGAUGAAGACGCGCGAUGCGGAGGUGCAGGUAGUUUAGGUCCUGGACCAGGCGGUCAUUGGUACGACGAACCACCUUAUGAAUCAGAUCCCGAAGACUUUCUUAUGGGAGCCAGUGGCGGUCCAAUACCUACUGCAACUAUCCAAAACGGAAGGGUAUGUUUCACGCUGAAUAUGAGGCCGGAGAAUCGAGGCGAGGGUGUGAUAUCUCUUCGAACAGCUGGCGAUAUUAGUUUGCCACGCGACCGCUCGAGGAAAGGUGCAACGUCAACGAUGCGAGGUCUCAUUGUUCCUCAGGGUCACAAUAAUCCACCGACGAUCAUACCCUUAACGCAUUCGAGAGCUUCUCGUGAGAGCGGAGAUUACGCGAGUAGCGACGUACAGAGUGUGAGCUCGAGACUGUCGACUGUGUCGGUGGACACGAGUAGGAGCGAUCAGCCUUCGGUGGGCGGUCGCCACCCCGAUCGGCCGGAGCAUCACCACGAGCACCGUCACAACCAUCGCCAUCAUCACGAACAUCACCACUCGGUCUCACCCCGACCCAAUCAGCGUCACCCCGCCGCUAGCACGACCGUUACCAACACCGUCACCGACGCAACGUCACCGCAAAGCAACGCGCAACGCCGCCCGGUUCCCAGAUAUAGUCGGAGUAGCGGCGAGGAGGGACUGUCACCGAGCCAGAGUAGCGAUUACGAAGAUCAAGAAGAACUCGAAAGUCAACACUCGGCCGCCGUGCAUACAUCGGAGGCCAGCGCCCUGCUUGAGGGCGAUGCCAGGGCGGGUAUCGCAGGCCGUGCGAGGAAUUUAAGGCACGACGUGCAGAGAAAGAUCUCGAGGUUGCGCCAGGAUCGCGCCUCCUCGGAGGCCUUCCCAUGCAGCGCGAGCAGCGUCGAGAGCCUGCCGAGCGGUAGCGGUUCAAGCACGCAGGCUCUGGUACGCGCAGGAAGCAAUCACAGCUCGAUAUCCUGCGAGGACAGAGAUGCCGUCAGCCCGACGUCCAUCGGCCCCGUCCUGUGUCGAGCGAGGGCACUGGUGGAUUACACGCCCAGUCCUUACGACAAGGACGCGUUAAAGUUCAAGAAGGGGGACGUAAUCGAUGUGGUACAAAUGAACAAGAGCGGACUAUGGAAGGGCGUUGUACACAACAGGAUAGGCCACUUCAAGUUCAUAAACGUCGAGAUACUGAACGACAGGGUGCCCAGGCGGGGGGAACCGGAGCGGGGCAAGUGGGGUCAGAGAUACAGGCAGAAGCCGGGUUCCGUUCAAGAGCUCUUGCAGAGAAUGAAUCUUCAGGAACAUAUUCCAGUUUUUGUGCUGAACGGAUACGAGGAUCUGGAGCUCUUCAGGGAGUUAGAGGCAGCGGAUCUGGACUAUUUGCGUAUACAUCAACCCGAGCAUCGUGCCAAGAUACUCACCGCCGUGCAACUCCUACACGAUCUUCAGUCGGGCAGCGAAGGUGACCUGGCCUCGAGUUCGGAAGGUGAUGAGGUCAGUCGUCUGGUCUUAACCUCCGGCCAGACGUCCGGCCACUGUUCCCCGUUUAAUCGACGUCAGUUUCCACGGGACUCUGGCUGUUACGACGCACACAAAAAUACAACCAGUCGACGAACCAUUAGCCCGGAAUCAACCACAACGUCGUCAAAGCUGUCGAGAGAGAACAAUCUAGACAACGCGACAGCAAUUACGAAAAACACCAGCAGUGCUGGCGGUACGGACGGCAGUUUAACUGAUGCGAAGGACGACUUUCAUCCUAACAUACCGAUCUCCAGCUCGGUAGCGGGUCAGAAAGAGAGUCAGUUCGACAAGUCGCCUCUACUGCGAGGUGGCAACGUGCGGUACAUCGCGAAGAGAGGCAACUUUGGCGAAACGGUGGUAAUUGAGGACGCUUGCGAAAGCAGCCAGAAACUGGGCGGUAUGGUCAAAUACAUAGUCGGUGGUACCAGUGAUCUCGGCCUUGAGAGCACCGCCAAUGUCACCGGCCUCAGCCAACGCGGUUGUCUUAGUGAGAAAUCCAGCGACUCCGGUGUCAGCUCGUCCAGCAUUAGCUCGGCACCUCCGCCUAGGGACAAAGUACUCGCUACCGCCAGCACCGCAUCGUCGGAUUCGCCGACCAAGACCUUCGGUAGCUUCAGCAGAGCGUCACCAACUUCCCAGGGCGGUAAGAGUCAAAACAACGACGGGAGUUACCAAUGAGGAAAGCCACAACAAAUUUGUAGGCCGACGAGUCGUGGCGCGACUUUAGCUCGAAGGUAAGAAAUACGAAAAUAAAAAAAUCGAGCAAUGGAGCGGCCUUAGUUCGGAUUCAAAGGGUUACACGAUCACGAUCGUCUUCAGGCUAUGGUGCCUACGAUUCGUCCACGAGAUAUUUGAGUAAUAUUGGGAUCAAAAUGUCUCAGACAUUUUAUAUCCAACGAGAGAUGUAGUUCUCGAAUUAGCGAUCCUGACGAGCGUACUUGGCGAUAAGAUAUUUCUUCCAUUUUGGACGACUCAGAGUUAAAGCAAUUCUAACGAAAUUGCUAACGACAUAUAAUAAUUGAUAGUUGUCGCUAUGUCCGCUCGUUGCGACGAUUAUCAUGCGCUCAAUUGCAUCUCGAUUUAAAAUAUUAUAUCAAAGCAAUAUCUUAUUUCCUAUUAUUGUUGUUGGCAAAGUACGAAGGAUGUCACUUUGUUUGGUAAUUCUUGUCACGAGCGCGAAUGGAAGUUCUAAUAUAUCUCUCUCGAUGUAAUAUCUCUCCGAUAGUAACGUCGAGGGGGACAUUUUGUUACUUCAUAUCUUUGGAUAUGCAAUGGGAAAGAAGUGAGACAAGAAUUCCGCGAAACGAACGAAAUUCAACAAUUGUAACAAGAGCUCCCCGGAGCAUCGGCGAAGUUUCUUCGCGUUUACGUCCGCGUUCGAUUCGAACGAGAUGCAUUUCGAAUAGCUAUCGGCAUCUCGAAACCGCCAAGUCACAUCGCGCCUAACAUAUAGCCGUGUAAUUAAUAAUAAGCGAAUACUAUGUGAUACGGUAGCAAUAUAACGAUCGAUUAAAAAUUGAAUAGAUAGAAAAAAAAAGAAGAAACAAGCGACCGUCAUUUGCGUUGCGCGAAUCGUCGUCGCGAUCCAUUUACGUACAAUAAAUAAAAAAGAAAGAAAAGGGAAAACAUGAAUGAAGAUCCAAUAUAACGUUAUGCGUCCGUUUUGAUUUCGCGUUCGAUAUUAUCUGUCGGUUUCAUCUUUGUCUGGGACGACCUCGCGAUUAAUCACUGCAAACACUAUAUAGCUCGUCCGACGAGCGUUCGUCAAAAACUGCCAGCGUUAUCGAGUUCUCGUCUCUCGUUGAACGGCGAUCUCUUAUGUCGUAUAUUUUGGAACUCGCUUUUUGUACGUUCAUUCGAUCUCGUCGCUAGAAGACGUGCGUUAAACGUGCGCAAACGAGACAGUUAUGAAUCGUCCCGUGACACUCGAGACAAUUUUUCGCUUAAUACGGCGCGCAGACUCGUGAGGAUCCAUCUUAAACAGUAAUAGAGUAAAUGCGGAUUAUCACAGGAUGCCUUACGAGCGUUUUUCACUUACUUAGCUGAUUUACGCGACUUUUCAAUAAAGCCCGAUACUCUAACAUCGACUCGCGAGGAAAUAUUUCCUACUUACUUUCCAUCGUUCGCAUAUAAUUUUGUAUAGAGUAGCGAGAACCCGAAGUCUCCAUGGAACGGCGCCGCAUUACGCCGCAUUUGUCACUCGGACUUUGCUUACUAUUAACGACCGACAAUCCCCCAUCGUCGAUGCGACUCGUCAGUACUUCGACACGAUGGAUAAACCUGUACAUGUGUGUAUAUUGACCACGGGAGGAAAACGUUGAAAGUUACAAAGAUUUUGUAUGUACAUAGGAAAUAUUAACGCGUAGGACAUAACGAUGUUUUGUAUUGAUCUUGCCCGUUUGCCAAAACUUAAAACUAUAAUAUACAUACGCGACACAUUAUAUCGUACCGUUGGAUCUUAUGUACAUCUCUUGUAUAGUGUAAAAUCAUAGAUGAAUUUAUGAGACGCGGGAGCGCAAUCAGAGAAUCAGGGCUGCGUGAACAGGUGCGGGAGGAGCCGAGAAGCCCGAUGGAUAAUAAUAAAUCGUAAGUAAUAAUUUUAGCUGUUACGAGACGCAGCGACGACUCGACGAAGCGCAUUAUUAAUUAAAAUAGAAGAAAAAAAAUUAAGUACGUGAGAGGAAACGCGCGCCCGCCGCGAACGAACGAUCGACACAAUAUCGGCGGAUAGCAUGCGGAAGCGAUCAGUAAUAUUAAAGAGUUAUCGCGAUGCCAUAUUACGAUAAACGCUAAAGUCAUAUAUUGACAAGUUAAUUGAAAAAGUAUACGAAAAAAUCAAUUGCUGUUCACGGUUUUAAUCACUUCGGAUGAUCAAGGAAUAACAAUCGGCAAGUGUUAGAGAUAUAUCUUCAUAGAGGCAAUGAAUAAACUAUACAGCAUGAAUUGCUACGUAUUGGAUAUAAGCCAAACAGCGAGACUUCCAUAUGAAUUAAUAUGAUCGAUGAAUUGGAGAUUAUGCAAACUGCCGUGAUCUCAAUAUUUAUCGUAUUUAAAAUAUGUUAUCGCGAUAACAGCUUAACGUUGAAAACGUUUCGCACGACACACGUCAUACACUUUUUACACAAAUAUUGCCAUCCAUGUAACGUAGAGCGUGCUUCUUCUGCAACGUCAUUGCGCUACGAUCGAGGAGCGCAUUGAAGGAGGGACAAUGAAUUCCCGAUCGGCCCGGAAAUCGGCUGUGAUUAGACCGAACGAGUAGUCGCAAGUUGCUUCCAUCGACGUCGAGAUUGAUUAAUGCGAUUAACGCUCGAUCGCGGCCGCAGCGUGCGAUUUUCGUGCCGAGAUCGAAUUUCGCAAUAUUGAGAUUUACGUCGCGUCCUGCCCGCGCGUAAGCUCCAUCAGCGGGCACUUUUUUUAUCGAGUUUGUGCGAUGAUCCGAUGAUCCAAAAGAGAGGCGCCGAGUGAACGUAUCCGAUAAACGGUACGUCGAUUUCGGUAAUGUCUGCUAGUUUAUCCGUUCCAUCGAGAGUACCAACAUGUGCAGAGAAUGAGUGAAGUGGCUGUUAUUAAAGGGAGGGCUGAAAUAGCAAGAAAGGAUGAGAGGGAUGAUUGAAAAUUGAAUAUAUGUGUGCGUACAUGUGUGUGUGAGUGAGAGAGAGAGAGAGAGAGAGAGAAUGCGUGAAAGAGAAAGAGAGAGAAAGAAAAAGCGGGAGAGCAUAGGCGAGAAUAUAGGACGACGCGAUGUUAAAUUUAGUAACGAGUUUAUGAGAGUACGAAUAGACACGAUAGUGAUUUUAUUUAGCUCGGAAGAACAAAAAAUAUGCAGCAUUUGAUGUAAAGUAAAAUUCAUUCUAAUCGUAGACCCAAGGCGCAGUAAUCGAAAUAGAUAAUUUAAGCGUACCCUUAAGGGAAAAGCGAGUCGUUGACGAAAGAAAGGCCUAUAGCGUCGCCUUGUA